AUGGGUCACGAGGAUGCUGUGUAUCUCGCAAAGCUUGCCGAGCAGGCUGAGCGCUAUGAGGAGAUGGUUGAGAAUAUGAAGAUUAUCGCCUCCGAAGAUCGUGAUCUUACCGUUGAGGAGCGUAACCUCCUUUCCGUUGCCUACAAGAAUGUUAUUGGUGCUCGUCGUGCUUCUUGGAGAAUUGUUACCUCCAUUGAGCAGAAGGAGGAGUCUAAGGGCAACUCGUCCCAGGUUGGCCUGAUCAAGGAAUACCGUCAGAAGAUUGAGGCCGAGCUCGCAAAGAUCUGUGACGACAUUCUCGAGGUUCUCGACCAGCACCUUAUCCCUUCUGCUAAGUCCGGCGAGUCCAAGGUCUUCUACCACAAGAUGAAGGGUGACUACCACCGUUAUCUGGCCGAAUUUGCCGUUGGCGACCGACGCAAGGAAUCUGCCGAUAAGUCCCUCGAGGCAUACAAGGCUGCUACUGAAGUCGCUCAGACUGAGCUACCUCCCACGCACCCUAUCCGCCUGGGUCUUGCCCUUAACUUUUCCGUCUUUUACUAUGAGAUCUUGAAUGCUCCUGACCAAGCUUGCCAUCUCGCCAAGCAGGCAUUCGACGAUGCUAUUGCAGAGCUUGAUACCCUAAGUGAGGAAAGCUACAAGGACUCGACCCUUAUUAUGCAACUUCUACGUGACAAUUUGACCCUCUGGACAUCGUCUGAGGCCGAGCAGGCGCCUGCAGAAACUGCCGCGGCUCCUGCUCAGGAGGCUGAGAAGCCUGCUGAGGCCGCUCCUGAGGAGCCUAAGGCUGAGUAA